CUGGCAAACUGAGAAGAUCCGCUGUUUGAACAUAGUUAUUAGAAUUCACUCUGUUUUUAUGCCUUUUCGUGAGCGUAACAUUCAAAACAUCAUCGAAUUUUUCAAGCAGUAAAAACGUGGAUACUCUUCAUCAUGUCUUCUAGCUUUGGUCAUAACAGCGCUUGGACCAUGGGCGGACCUCCUGGAAGUGUUUAUGAAGAUGACGCUCAUUCAGUCAAUCCAAACAGCAUUCGUGAAAGGAAAUUACAACAGCAGAGAGAAAUUAUGAGAAAGAAACAUGAAAUGAAGCGAGCCCAACCAGGAAUGGUUCAAGCCAAUGAUGUAGCUCGCCCAAUGUCUCGUCAUUCAGAGAGGACACCUUUGGUGCUUGGUGGAACACAACUACAUGGUAUAGAUGGCCCUGUAGCAAGUUAUGCCACCCCACCAGAGCCUUCUGUGGGCGGCCUAUUGGUUAAUGUUGGAUCAGAAGAAGAAGAACCGCAGCCACGGACAAAACAAACAACAGAUACAGAGCGCAAGUUAGCAGCAAUGGGUAUUUCAUCUAGUGCAGAUUAUGCAGGGAUUAAGGAUGAUUUUGAUGAACCAGAGUUAUCAUCACAAGUCAUAGCACCAGCAAGAGCAAGAACACCAUCUCCCAACCUACAGUCUGGGCCUCCACCCUCAUAUGAUUCUGCUACAAAGUCUAAAAAGCCACCACCUAGCAACAGAGAAUCCCCACCAAAUACAGGUACUGCAACUCCUGGCACAGCUGUUGAAAUCGACGAUCUUGAAAAAUUUGUAUUUAGGUAAGUAGCUAAAUGCAAUUACAGGAUAUCUAGUGAG